GACAAAUAGUUUGUGUAUAUAACGUGCGUAUUACAACGUAGUCAAUAAAAAUCUCAUGAAAUGUCAAGAAAGCACUGUCAUGUAUUUUCGUUUUUAUGCCAUUCAAAUUAAACUAAACAUUUGAUUUCAAUAAUAAAAAAGAAUGGAACUUGCGCGAAAUUUGAUUGCUUGUAAAUUGAAACGUUACCUUCUUAAAGUACCAGAAAAGUCUUGUUUUUAUCACGUAAGACAUAUCAGAUUGGCUGAAGUGGGAAAGUUGGAGACACCAAAAUUAAAAGGAAAAUAUGAUACUGGCCAACUAAUAUUACAUAGAGUGUUUGGUUAUCGUGGUGUAAUAUUAUUUCCAUGGGUAGCAAAGGUUUACGAUAGAGAUAUUCCAAAUAAAAGAGACGAAAGUGCAGGUGGUAAUUUUAACAGUGUAGAGAAAGAAGUAAAAGGUAGAACUCAUACAUUUUAUCAAGUAUUAAUUGAUCAGAGAGAUUGUCCAUACAUACGUGCUCAAACAGAAGCAGUAACAUUUUUGGGAAACCAGGAAAGUAGUCGUAGUUUAUAUGCAAUACCAGGGUUGGACUAUGUAGCUCACGAAGAUGUCUUACCUUAUACAACAAAUGAGAAAACAGCAUUACAACAUGAACUUUUUGAUAAAUUCUUAAUAUAUAAACCAGACCAAGAUCCAUGUUUUGUUGCUCAAGAAACUCUUAAGGCGUGGCAGAAAAAGAAUCAUCCAUGGCUGGAAUUAUCAGAUGUACAUAAGGAGACUACCGAAAAUAUUCGUGUUACUGUUAUACCAUUUUAUAUGGGUUGUAGAGGCAGUCAAACUGCAGCUAUACAUUGGUGGCGAUAUUGUAUCCGCUUGGAGAACUUGGGUGAAUUAAGUGUACAGUUACGUGAAAGACACUGGAGAAUAUUUAGUCUUUCUGGAACAUUAGAAACUGUUAGAGGAAGAGGUGUAGUUGGACAAGAACCUAUUUUGUCAAAACUUUUACCUGCUUUUCAAUAUAGUAGUCAUGUGAGUUUACAAGCUGCAAGUGGACAUAUGUGGGGUACAUUCAGAAUGGAAAGAGAAGAUGGGUAUGCAUUUGAUUGUAGGAUCCCACCAUUUUCUUUGGAAUCAAAAGCAGAAGAACCACCUUCUCCAAAUACAAGUACAUGAUUAAAUUUUUCAGCAUUAAAUGAAAAAUAAUUAUAAUUAAAUUCGUCUGCUUUAUUGAAAAUUCAAUAUGUAUUAAAACUAAAUUAAUUUACGUAGUAAUAUUUAUGAUACUGACUGUUAUGAUGAAUUUAAAAAAUGUUAUAAAUAGGGUCGAUUAUUAUAAGUGCUUAAAUAAAAUAUAUAAACACAA